AAAAAAAAAAAAUAAAUACAACAUAAAAUGACUCAGUAGAGCUUGUAUUGUAAGAUGGAGUGUGUGCUUUUAGCUCAGCAGCUACAGUGAACAUUUCAUCUUAAACAGGGUGUAAAAAGUCUUUCUAAAUCAAUCUGGGAUCUUGGGGUAUGGCAACUUGGAUUAGGCUGGAUGAGUUGUAUGCAGCCAUUUCAUUUUUUUUUUAAUUUUUUUUUUACAGUUGUUUUAAAAUAAGUACCAAUCUACUUCAGUUGUUUAGGAGAAUGCUGCAACACUGUUUUGAGGUGGGCUCCCAGAACUACUUUGUGGACUAAAUUACUUUUUACCAACAUGAGGGUGAGCAUGUAAUAAGUGGAUUGUCAUUUGUGUGUGAAUUUAUCCUGAAAAAAUGUCUUGACUUACACAUCAGAUCCUUUGAAAACCAUGGACACAUACAUAGUUUCUUUACAUAAAUUUGACAUUUAGUUUGGUCUUAUUCUUUGUGUUAUAGUUUGAAAAGUCAUUUUACAGAUAAAAAUCCAUGAACAAAUGUAAAGAUUGUAGAUUUUCAUCAGUGAAAAUGUUUGCCUCUUUAGUUUUCUGCUUUAGUAUUAUGUAUAUAUAUCAGAAGCCACUCGAGUGUCCCCGUGUGAGGGGUUUAUUCUACAUUUCCGUCUCAUGUCAUGUUCCGGUGCGUUUCAGGGACGGUUGGCUGACGGUCGGGACGUUGCAUGAGAGACAGGCAGAGACAGCAGUUAUGGGUCCAGCAGCGGAGCUCAUAAUGAACGGCAGGGUCAGAGCUGAAUGUGCAGGGAGAUAUUAGCCGGGGCCACAGGAGAGCACACACCUCCAUAACCCCUCUCUUGCUGACAUUCAAAACAUUUCCAUGUCACUAUAUGGACGCCCUGGUUUUAGUCUUUUUGUGUCCCAAUCAACUGUUUGAUUUCACUUUUCUUGUCAGGUGAUGAAUUUCACGUAAGAAUGUCCUUUAUUUACCGUUUAGAUGAACAACUUUCCAUUCAAAGUUGUAGUUUUUUAAAUUACCCUAUGUUUUUUAGAUAAAGUUGCACUGACUAAGUGCACACCACAGGGUCUACACUGCUGAGGUUAGGGGAUGUAUGGCCACAUCAGGGAUCAAUAGCAGGACAUCACAUUAAAGCUGGCCAGCAUACUGUUAUGUCCUUGCAUCCCACUCUUUUCUCCUACUGUGACCCCUUGUAAAUCCCCUCUUGUUCAUUUUUUGUUUUGGUUCCAUCUGUCCUUUCCCACGUGUAUCAACUUAAGAGCAUCUUAUCCCGCUCCCUCCCCUCACGCUCUCUUUAUCUUCCCCUCUUUUAAUCACGCUGACUUUACAGUAUCAUUUUGUCAGCUGUGUUUUGUCAUCUUCUAUCUGUACUGUUACAUCACACGUAUCUCUGAUAUCUCUGGCAGCUCAAAACCUUUUAAAAACCACCUCAGAGCAUCUGUCCUUUCCUCUGGGCUCCAUCUGUGCCUGCAGUCACACCUUCUUUCCUGUUCGUCUUAUUCCCACGUGCAGUGUCCCACCGUCUCUUCUCUCUCUCUCUCUCUCUCUGGCCUCCCCCCUUUGCCUCCCUCUUCUCCUGUGUGGCCAUGCUGGAGCGUAUGUCCCGUCGCUCUCGCUCCCUGCUCUCCCUGACCUUGACCACUCUGGCUCUGGCCCUCUCCAUCCUGGCUCUCUGCACCUCCUACUGGUGUGAGGGCACUCACAAGGUGGUCAAGCCCCUCUGCCUGUCGCCGGUCAAAAUGAAGAACUGCGGUCAGAACAACAGUGAGCCUUACACCACAGAGAGCCCCACUCAGAAUCCCUACAACCGCACGCUGUCUCCAGCCAGGAGAGACGAGCUGGCCAAGAUCAGACAGAGGCAGCUGGCCAACGCCGUUCACUACAUCUGGGAGACGGGAGAGGACAAGUUCGCUUUCAGAUACUUCCACACCGGUUUCUGGGAAAGCUGUGAGAAACACAGCGACGGGGAGAAAUGUCGAAGCUUUAUAGAGUUAACGCCUGGAGACACUCAAGGUGUGCUCUGGCUGUCAGUUGUGUCAGAGUUUACAUACAUCGGGCUGCUGGGGAUGGGCUUCUUACUGAUGUGGCUGGAAGUCUUGUGUUCCCAUAAAGAGAUGCACUCGCUAAAAAUCAAUGCCUACGCAGCCAUCUGCACUGUAUUAUCAGGUCUUCUUGGGAUGGUGGCCCAUAUGAUGUACACCACAGUAUUUCAGAUGACGGUCAUUGUGGGCCCCAAAGACUGGAGGCCUCAGUCCUGGGACUACGGCUGGUCAUUUGCUCUCGCCUGGGUGUCCUUCAGCUGCUGCAUGGGGGCCGCCGUGGUCACGCUCAACUCCUACACGAAGACCAUCAUCGAGCUCCGUCGCAAGCAGAGGCUCCGUCUGGACGAAGCGAGGGCCGCCACUCACGCUCCCGCCUAUGAAGAGGUUGUUCCGGGCGGCGGGCUCUACUCCGUUAGCGGCCUGCUGCAGUGUCCGGACGGCAUGAUCGACGUGGCGUGGGCCCCGAAUGGCAGUGUGGUCGGAGUGGGAAAUGGGGACGUACCAACGCUGGUUUUGGUGGGAGGCUGUGGGCCGGAGGGGUGUGAGGACUGCGAGAGGGAGAUGGACGAGAUGGAAGUGGCAAUGGACCGAGUUGAUUCACCUUGUUAGAGGAGCGUUUAUAUCCAUCAACUGAAAGGGCUGAAAAACUGAGAGAAAGGAAAGACACUGCCGCCAUGUCGGAGGAGGAUCAAUGUGAGCAAACAGAACCUGAUUUUCUUUUCUUACACUUUUUAAUGAAGCUGGGACUUUCCAACUGCAUUUGAAGGAGAGUGAAUUCGACACAUAUCAGACUGUGAGGACUGCAACGUAUGACUUGUAUGUUUUCUGGGUAUUUCUCAGUGCCUCAUGGUAGGAAAGUAGAUGUCUCUGUGUGUAAAUGAUUAUACAUGUGUAUAUUGUUUUAUUGUUUAACAUGCAAUGUAUCAGGAGAUGUCAAUGAGCGUUUCAUUGCAUAGACAGGACGGAUGUUUCCAGACCGUCCUUUAGGUCAAUCGCACAAUAUAUUCUCAUUUAUCUGAGAGGGACAUUCGAUGCGUUUCCUCUUUUUCAAGCUCACCGCUCCUUUUCUCUCUCUCGUCACAAACUUCGGACAGAUUCAGCAUCUGGAUGCAAACAGAAGCUGCGACGACAAACACAGCCGCUCUCUGCAGAUGCACAGACAAACCCAUAGGAUAGACACAUAGAGAUAGAAAGAUUACAGAGAUUUUGAAAAGUCUGCUCUCUGAUGUUGAACAGAAGAUUAUGUGUAAACCAGUAAUCCCGAGUUGGAUGGAGCGAAGGAGGAAUAGAGCGAGGAGAGAUGGUAGGCAUGUGAGGGGAUGGAGAUGGGGAGAGGAGGAGGCGGGUUGAUGUCGGGGGGGUUGAAAUGAGAGCUGGAGAGAAACAAACGAUCUGCACUGAAAACGUGAAACUUUCAGGGAAAUAAAUGCUUUUGAACGGAUAAUACAAAUUAUACACUCUGGUAUUUACAUUUACUUUAAGUAUCUGUCAGUUAUACAUUGGGAUUAUCCUGGAUUUACUGACCUGGUUGGACACAAUUGAAAACUUCUGUCAACCACCAGGAUUGUGUUAAACAGUACGUUUCUGGGUCAAAGGAGAAUUUGGUGGUUUUUUGGGGGGAAAGAUGAAUAAAUUGAUUUUCACAGCA